CAUUUUGCGACCUCAACUGAUUGCGCACAAUUACUCUGGCCGUACGUACAUUCCGGAGCAGUGCACAACGCGGAGAGCGACAUCACAAGGAGAGCUCGCCAGUCUGCAACGUAAAGUCCGUAAGGAACAAGAUGGCCGCCACCGGUCGAGCGGUGACGCGACAGGCGUCAGCAAGAACACGAGCGGUACUGGCACGCAGCUACGCGAGCGCACCCGCGACAACAGCGACUGCUGCUGUGAUCGGCACGCCUGCAGUUCGACGACCAGUAGGCGGAUUCCGAGGCGGCCUAGCUGGCUUUGCGCUUGGAUUUGGUGCUGCUGGCACUUACGGAUACUACUAUCUCUUGCAAGAGUACCAUGCGGCGUCUAAUCUGAUGCUGACAACGGUGGAGGAGCUGCAGAGCAGUACACAAAAGAUAUCGUCGCAGCUAGCCAGGGUGAAAAAGCUCGAGGCAGAUCUGCAAGCCCUUUCGAGAAGCACAUCGACCAAGGAGGACGCAAGCAAGAGCAAAGGCGAGCUGCUCAAGGUAUAUAACGGUCUACACGAGGAAUUGUUCAGUGUCAAGAAUCGGCUGUGGGGAGUUGAGAAGGACGUCAACACCGCACUUAAAGGAGUACAAGCGGGCUGUGUGGUUGGGGAGCGGCGCGUGUAGACACUCUGUACCUCUGCAUUCAUGGUCCAAUCAUGCAGCACCUUGCGUAUUUGAUAGAAAGCUCAUAUGUCAUCCAUGAUUGGGAUUCAUUGCUGCGAUUCUGGCUAUCACCGAGCCUGAGCCGCGUUGUGCAAAUCCCUCGCAAUUACUUGUU